AGUGAGGAGGUCAGACGGGCGAGCUGCAGCGGGGCUAAAGUUUACUCACUAUCGCCUGUGAUCGCGCAUUUCUGAUCAAUAAUUCUGAUCAGAGGCGAUCGCUUCAGCCGGUGCGCAGUGAUGCGCGGCAGUGCGUGGUGUGUGUGCCCGCGGGCUCCUGUCCUCCUGCGUCGCUGGCUGUGUGCGGGAGGCGGGGCCCGGAGAGGCGUGCGGGUCUUCAGCUCAGAGGCUCCGCCCACUCUGCCCACCCGCGCCCGCGUGCUGAUCUGCGGAGGCGGAGUGGUGGGCACGUCGGUGGCGUAUCACCUGGCCAAACUGGGCUGGACGGAGAUCCUGCUGCUGGAGCAGGGCAGGCUCGGAGCCGGCACCACCCGCUUCUGCGCAGGCAUCGUGAGCGUGGCCAAACCGUUGUCCAUCGAGAGUCAGAUGGCGGAUUACUCCAGUGCGCUGUACGAGCGGCUGCAGCAGGAGACCGGCGUCAGCACCGGUUUCGUGCGCACCGGAUCUCUGUGUCUGGCGCAGAAUCAGGACCGGUUUCUGUCUCUGAAGCGGCUGGCGUCCAGACUGAAGGCUCUGGGCGUGGCCUGCAGCAUCAUCAAGCCUAAAGAGGUGUCGAAGCUCCACCCACUGGUUAAUAUUCAUGAUCUGGUGGGCGCACUGCACCUGCCGGGGGACGCUGUGGUUUCUCCACCAGACGUCAAUCAUGCAAUGGCGAUGGCGGCAGCGGCUCACGGCGUGCAGAUCUUUGAACACACCAGCGUCACACACGUGCUGGUGAAGAAUGGUCACGUGGCCGCAGUGGAGACUGAUCGCGGGUCAGUGGAGUGCGAAUACUUCGUUAACUGUGCUGGACAGUGGGCUUAUGAGUUGGGUCAGAGCAGUGAGGUGAAGGUGUCUGUUCCUCUGCAUGGAUGUGAGCACUUCUACCUGCUGACCAAACCUCUGUCUGAGCCGCUACCAUCCAACAGUCCAGUGGUGAUUGACAUGGAUGGACGGAUCUACGCUCGCUCUUGGCAUGGAGGAAUCCUGUCUGGAGGUUUCGAGAAGAACCCCAAACCCAUCUUCACUGAGGGACGCAACCAGCUGGAGGUGCAGAACAUGCAGGAGGACUGGGAUCACUUCGAGCCGAUGCUGAGCGCUCUGCUGCGCCGGAUGCCCACUCUGGAGGCCUGUGAGGUGCAGCAGCUGGUCAACUGCCCCGAGUCCUUCACGCCGGACAUGCGCUGCCUGAUGGGUGAGACUCCGGGCGCUGGCGGAUACUUUGUGCUGGCGGGCAUGAACUCGUCUGGCCUGUCGUUCGCUGGAGGAGCGGGGAAGUUUCUGGCAGAGUGGAUGACCCACGGGUACCCCAGCGCCAACGUCUGGCCUCUGGACAUCAAGCGCUUCGGGAACCUACAGAGCAGCCGCACCUUCCUGCGGCACCGGGUGAUGGAGGUGAUGCCGCUGCUGUAUGAGCUGAAGGUUCCGCGCUGGGACUUCCAGACGGGCCGGCAGCUGCGCACCAGUCCCCUGUACGACCGGCUGGACACACAGGGCGCCCGCUGGAUGGAGAAACACGGCUUCGAGCGCGCUAAAUACUUCGUCCCCGCGGGGAAGGACCUGCUGGCGCUGGAUCAGAGUAAGACCUUCUACAAGCCGGACUGGUUUGAUAUCGUGGGCGCGGAGGUGAAGUGCUGUAAGGAGGCGGUGUGUGUGAUCGACAUGUCCUCCUUCACCAAGUUUGAGCUCACAUCCUCAGGGGAUCAGGCUCUGCAUCUGCUGCAGCGUCUCUGUGCUAAUGAUCUGGAUGUGCCAGUCGGGCAUAUCGUGCACACGGGCAUGCUGAACGCCAGAGGAGGCUACGAGAACGACUGCAGCGUGGUGCGCCUCAGCAAACACAGCUUCUUCAUCAUCUCUCCCACUGAUCAGCAAGUGCACUGCUGGUCCUGGAUAAAGCAGCACAUGCCGAGCGACCCGCAGCUCCACCUGGAGGACGUCAGCUGGAAGUACACAGCGCUGAAUCUGAUUGGUCCUCGAGCCAUGGAUGUGCUGUCUGAACUCUCGUAUGUGUCCAUGACUCCAGAGCACUUCCCUUCUCUCUUCUGUAAGGAAAUGAGCGUGGGCUACGCUAACGGCAUCAGAGUGAUGAGCAUGACACACACAGGAGAGCCGGGGUUCAUGCUCUAUAUUCCCAUUGAGUAUGCACUGCACGUCUAUAAUGAGGUGAUGUCGGUGGGCCAGAAGUACGGCAUCCGCAACGCCGGCUACUACGCUCUGCGGAGUCUGCGCAUCGAGAAGUUCUUUGCGUUCUGGGGUCAGGAUCUGGACUCGUUCACGACGCCGCUGGAGUGCGGACGCGAGUUCAGGGUCAAGUUUGACAAGGACACAGAUUUCCUGGGCCGGGCCGCCCUGCUGCAGCAGCGUGAGGUUGGGGUGACGCGGCGUUUCCUCAUGCUGGUUCUGGAGGAUCACGAUGCGGAGCUGGAUCUGUGGCCGUGGUGGGGCGAGCCCAUCUAUCGCA